UGGAACGUCAUAACCUCAAAUUCAACUCAAAACAACGCUUGACGACCGCGGCGCGGCGCACAGAUCGUGUUUUGUGUUCAAAAUAAACACGUGUGUAUUAAACAUUGAAAAAAAAUCGAAUUUAACCAUGAAAGCAAGAUAAAAACACCGAAAAUGAGUAAACUAUUUGUUCUCUACGAGCACAGUGCAGGCUUUGCCCUGUUCCGUGUGUCGGAGUUUGAGGAGCUGGCAGCAUUCCUGCCACAAGUAGAAGAGUCGGUUACAGACUUGCAGCGGUUUAACUCUGUGGUCACUUUGAUCGCCUUCCAGCCUUUCAAGUCUGCUGUGCUUGCUUUAGAGAACAUCAAUGCUAUUUCUGAAGGUAUCCUACCAGAAGAUCUGAACCUCUUUCUAGAAGGAGCUCUACCAAAACGCAAGAAACGCGGCAAGUGCACCCUGGGAGUAUCAGACCCUAAGCUGGGAGCAGCCAUCAGUGAAGCCCUGGAGAUACCAUGCUCACAUACUGGCGCAGUUCCAGAGGUGCUCAGAGGUAUAAGACACCAUUUCCAUGCCCUGAUCAAAGGCCUGACACUCAAGGCCUGCAGUGUGGCCCAACUUGGCCUAGGCCACUCCUACUCGCGAGCCCGGGUCAAGUUCAACGUACACCGCGUUGACAACAUGAUCAUACAGUCUAUCGCACUCCUGGAUCAACUAGACAAAGAUAUAAACACAUUCUCUAUGAGAAUCAGGGAAUGGUACUCCUACCACUUCCCAGAGCUCGUGGCAAUAGUCCCGGAUAACCAUCUGUACGCCAAGUGUGCGGAACACAUCAAAGACCGCAAGUCCCUCUCCGAAGAGUCUCUCGAACCCUUGACGGAAAUCCUCGGUGACUCGGAGAAGGCUCAGGCAAUAUUGGAUGCGGCCAAGAUGUCCAUGGGAAUGGACAUAUCGCCCGUAGACUUGAUCAAUAUCCAGAUGUUCGCUGUUAGAGUCGUAGCACUGGUUAACUACAGGAAGCAAAUAUCGGAGUACCUGCACACUAAGAUGAACUCUGUCGCGCCAAACUUGACCACUCUAGUUGGGGACCAAGUGGGCGCCCGGCUGAUUUCCAAGGCCGGCUCUCUGACCAGCCUGGCCAAGUAUCCCGCCUCCACGGUGCAGAUUCUUGGUGCUGAAAAGGCCCUCUUUCGUGCUUUGAAGACGAGGUCCAAGACACCGAAGUACGGUCUCCUGUACCACUCCACCUUCAUCGGACGUGCAGGAGUGAAGAAUAAGGGCAGGAUCAGCCGCUACCUGGCCAACAAGUGCAGCAUCGCUUCUAGGAUUGACUGCUUCUCUGAAAACCAAACAACAAUCUACGGCGAGAAACUCCGCCAGCAAGUCGAAGACCGACUCAAGUUCUACGAGACCGGGGACAUUCCCGCAAAGAACAUCGAUGUGAUGAAGCAGGCCAUGCAGGAAGUGGCGCUGAUGCAGGACCAGACUCCAGCUGAAGAGGAGCCCAAGAAGAAGAAGAAAAAGAAGAAGGACAAGCAGAAGAAAGAGGUUGAGGCCAUGGAGGAGUAGAAAGUGACCUUGUUUCGUAUGUUUACCUUUUUUUUGUUGAACAAUUAUUGUUCUUUUAAUUUGUGUAAUAAAUAAAAAUAUUUUAUAAUUAAA